CUGGCAGGUAGUCCCGCAGCCCAGCGACAGCAACCGCCAUAUUGCGAGAGGCUGCGUGCCGCUCCGCGUCCUCACGGCUCCCGCUCGCUUGGAGCGCGCCUCCGCCUGCGUGUGGAUGCAGACUCAAGGUAUAAAUCCGUGGAAGCGCUCAGGUCUCUGUGGCAGUAUUUCACACGUCCUUCGAGUGAGAAAACUGGCCAAGUGGAGAAAGGUACAAGUUGUAUAGCCCAAGGCCACAUCUACAACACAUUCUUACCUCCAGUUCACACCGCCAGGGAUGCCAAAGGAGAAAUAUGAGCCACCAGACCCACGAAGGAUGCACACAAUAAUGUCUCCGGACGACCAGGCAAACGGGAAAAAAUCCCAGUGGGCUGAGCUUGAAAUCAGCGGGAGAGUCAAGAGUUUGAGCACUUCUCUUUGGUCGCUGACGCACCUUACCGCCCUGCACCUUAACGACAACAACCUUUCGCGAAUCCCGCCCGACAUCGCCCGUCUGCAUAAUCUGCUCUACCUGGACCUGUCGGCCAACAAGCUGCGCAGCCUGCCCGCCGAGAUCGGCACCAUGGUCUCUCUCAGGGAACUACAUUUAAACCACAACCUUCUCCGGAAUUUGCCUUUCGAGCUGGGGAAGCUCUUUCAGCUGCAGAAGCUGGGCCUUAAAGGCAAUCCUCUUCCCCCCGACAUUAUGCAAGUUUAUCACGAGUCGGACGGCACUCGCAAACUGCUCGCCUUCAUGCUGGACAACCUGGCAGCUUCUGUGCAGCCGGACCAGCCGCCCCCUCGGCCGUGGAUCCAGCUCGCAAACCCAGACCGAGCGCGGCCACCCGCCAUAAUCACGGUCAUGUGUUACAACGUACUGUGCGACAAGUACGCCACGCGGCAACUGUACGGCUACUGCCCGACGUGGGCGCUUGCGUGGGAGUACCGCAAGAAGGGCAUCAUGCAGGAGAUCAUGCAGUACAGCGCCGACAUCAUUAGCCUGCAGGAGGUAGAGACGGACCAGUACUGGAACUUCUUUCUUCCAGAGCUCAAGUUACAGGGCUACAGCGGCAUCUUCAGCUCCAAGUCGCGCGCGCGCACUAUGUCCGAGCAGGAGCGCAAAUUCGUCGAUGGCUGCGCCGUCUUCUUCAAGAGCGACAAGUUCACACUGAUCAAAGAGCACCUGGUGGAGUUUAACCAGCUGGCAAUGGCCAACUCGGAGGGCUCAGAGGCUAUGCUGAACCGUGUCAUGACCAAGGACAACAUCGGGGUGGCUGUGUUGCUAGAGGUCAAGGAUGUGAACUUCCAGGGCUCCUCGUUGCUCACAGGUAACGACAUCAAGCAGACCCUGCUCGUGGCCAACGCGCACAUCCACUGGGACCCCGAGUUCUCGGACGUCAAGCUGAUCCAGACGAUGAUGUUCCUGUCGGAGCUCCGCAGCAUCGCCGAGGAGGCGAGCCGCGCGCUCGCCAAGUCCAGCGGCGGCGGCGGCCCCUCCACCAAGGGCGAUUGCAGCACCAUCCCGCUGCUGCUGUGCGCCGACCUGAACUCGCUGCCCGACUCCGGCGUGGUGGAGUACCUGAGCUCGGGCGGCGUCCCUGAGAACCACAAGGACCUGAAGGAGCUCGCCUACAACAAGUGUCUCAUGAACUUCAGCUGCAACGGCAAGGGCUCACCCAACGGUUUCAUCACGCACUCCUUCAAGAUGCGCAGCGCCUACGAGAACGGCAUCAUGCCCUACACCAACUACACCUACGACUUCAAGGGCGUCAUCGACUACAUCUUCUACUCGAAGCUGCACCUGAACCUGCUGGGCGUGCUGGGCCCGCUGGACACGCACUGGCUGGACGAGAACAACGUGACCGGCUGCCCGCACCCCAGCAUCCCCUCCGACCACUUCUCCCUGCUCGUAGAGCUUGAGCUGCUGCCGCCGCUGACGCCGUCGCAGCUAUCUGCGAUGGCGCCGCCGCCGCACGCCUCCCCGUCGCCGCUGCCCAACGGCAUCCACUUCACGGGGGGGCGCAGGUAGUGCACGGGGGCGCCGGCCACUGGCGCCACCGCCGCCUCCUCCUCCUCCUCGGUCACCGCUCUGUAUCCCCCCCCCGCCGCCCCCCCCCCUUCAACGACGCGACGACUCCGCUGCCCCAGUGGCGCGAGCGCCCCCCGUGCCUCACGCCGUCGUGGCACAGCCGGCGCUUGCCCCCCUAUUUUAAAUGUUUCCUCCUCGGUUCUUGUUUGGCCCUUAUUUUGUUUUUCAUUCAUUCAUUGACUCUGUGUAAUAGUAAUAAUAUAUGUAAAGGGCGGAUGUUGUUAUUUUUUUGUUUGUUUUUCCUUUCUGUUUUUCUUAGCUCGCCACAAUGAUGUAAGCGUUCUGCGCAGGCUGGACUAAAAACAUGAUUGCGCCAUCACGCUCCACAGGGUUGUGCACGGAAGCGUUUUCAACAGGCCGGUUUCUCUUCUCACCUCCGCGUGUGCGCUUGUGCAUUUCCUGAAAUAAUUUUCUCGUUUUGUUUCUCCAGGAAGUUGCGUGUAGUUUUAUCGGAUCUUAUAUAAACAUUUCGCUUUCAUUGGCAGAUGAAUCAACAGCUCGGUGUGCAUUACAAGCACAGUGGCAUGGGCUAACCAGGGAACUAGCUGAAGUAAUAAAAGAUGUUUUAAUUAUUUUAGUUUAUUUCUUUAAUUUUUUUACGUGAUACGAUUAAGUGAGUUCCUUUGGAUUGAUACUUUAAAAUUAAAUAAAAAUAUAUGGAUAAUAUUAAUGUGCAAAAGGUUGAACUCCAGACUGGGAAUAUGAAAUGUGCUAACGAAUGCAUGUUUGUUGAUUUGGUUAAUUUCCUGCAAUUUUAUCCAAGUCUCAGGGCGAAAGCAUGUUGAAUGUGUGGUUACGUGGUGUGUACUUCCUCAAGUUUGACAGCAGAUUGUACAUGAACCUGACAGCCAGCCGCUCACUGUACUACUGUACAUGCCCGUCGUCUUGUCAAUGCAAAAGCCUACACAGCACAAGUUUUUACUGCAUUUGUUGGUGGUUUUUAAAAGAAGAAAAAGUUUUCGUAAAAAAACAAGAAAAAGCCAAAAAAAAAGUAACGAAGACGAACUUGUUUUUGUGUAAAGGUAUAUUUUUUCAAAAAUUUGGUUUUUUUUUUGCAUUUGUAUUCCUAACAUUUUGGCAGCUAGCACACAGUCGGUCAUGUUUAAAACAAUAUCGGUCGCACGUAAACGAGAAAAUAUAAUUAGUGGAUUGAUUGACUAACGAGUAAAAUGAUGACAAAAUAGUUGCAACCAACCAAAGUUUUUAGAAUGAUUACGUUUGCGCAAAAAACAAACAAAUUGUAAGCGUCUUUUGAGGCGUCGGUGUUUUUGUCCAAGUCCAGCUUGCACAGGAAUAGUUUUUUUUCAGGCGCAUGUGGAGAGUCUGUAAAAAGGAAGAGAAAGGAGAGCUGGGGAAAAAAAUAGAACGUCAGGAUUGAACAAGAAAAAAUGAUACCCGCUGACCUUCCAGGCGUGCUUUGAGGUGGGCGCGAUUCGCGAGUGUAAACACCUGUAAAAUCCGUUAUCCCCUCACGUGUUGUAGUCUCCCCCUGGCGACGGUCAAUUCUUGGUGCCUGCGAGCAACAGCACAGGCGGUGUUUGGUCAGCCCUCGUGCCCCAGCCUUGCCAUUUUAACUCUCUACGUUUUCUCUCGGUAACCAAACCACCAAUUCCUUUGCUGCCUUGGCUUUUGGUGACGCUUUGAAGCGACGCACGCACACCCACUUGCUCUCGCCCCCCCCCCCCCCCCCCCCCCGCUUUCUCGUUCUCAGGCAUACUUGCGUUUCAGUACCCACUUUCACACGAACGUUCAGUAGUUCACACAUUAACACGUUAGAAAUGUACAGCCAUUCAGUACUCAUUAACAUGUACGCAAGCAGUGCACACAUACAUACAUUCAUACGCAUUCAGACAUGCAUACAUUUGUUAAUGUGUGCGUACAGGUUUUAUACAGUCGUUUGCACUCCAAUAUGGACACCUGCAAUGUUUUAACCUGCACAGACACCCUCAUUCAAUACGCCAGCACGUAUUCCUGUAUGCGUUACCUCUUAGAGACGCGCACACACUCGCUCACCAAACACGUACGUACAUGUGCAACGGAUAACUUUCAAACGUUCACCCAACUUAGGUCAGAGAUCGUGUCUAUUAAAAAAGAAGCUAAACAUUAACGACGAUAACAAUUACACGCUUAGACUUGCGGGUUUGCUAUGACAAUGCUUUCUAUUGCCGAACAAGGUGUCUGCUCUUUUGGUCGGGAGAGGCCAAGGCAAACUCGUGGAAUUAUUUAAUGUAUUUAAUGGACACAAACUGCACUCGAGUGUGGGGGUUCGUCCCAGGCACUCUGAAAGGACUGCCAUGUGUCAUGAAUGCACUUAUGAGCAGCGCUGGCAUUCGCGGAGUUGACCAAAUCCUCUCCUUUACUAUUGUUGUUGUUGUUUUUCAUUAUUAUUUUCGUUUACCCCAAACCAUAUCUCCACAACCAAAAUGUAAAAAGUAGAAUUUUUGUCCUUUUUUUAAAAACAAAGAAACAGAAAAUAAACCUGUUUUUUCUCUGGAAAUGUACAUAGAUCUCACUAACUCAAGCCUUUGCAGCCCUAAGAGAUAUGCUAUAUAUAUCGUCAGGAGUAUUGGGAGGUUUUAUAAAGGGGGUGUUUAUUUUUGUUUUGUUUUAACGGGGAUCCGAAUGGUUUUUAAACAAUGCUGUUAAUAUGUAACGUUAUUUGAAUCAACUUUGAACAUUCGGUGUGUAAGUAUAAAUAAUAAUACUUUAAGAAAAAAACUAAAACAAUAAAUAGAAGGCUAUUGGAUAGGAUUACCUUUUCUCUCUCGUUGAAAAAUACCCGCAAGCUCUCUCUGCUGUUUUUAGUGCACUGUUUGGCGGUCUUGUCACUCGCAAAGAGCGUCCCCCGGUAGAAGAGCGUCGCCGUCGUUGGGGUCCUCGCCUAGUUUUAUAGCGGCGUGGCGUCCCGCCCGUGGAUGAGCAGUUUACGCCAGAAGUGUGACGAAAAGUGGUUACGCGUCUAGUUCCCGGCCAUGGCCUACUUAAGUUCCGUCCCACCCACCUUGUCCAGGAUCUUGACGGGUGCACGUCGCAAUUUGGGCGAUCGCGCGUCGAGUUGUACUUUGACGUUCCCGUUGCUCUGCCGUCGCCGUGCGUCCUUACCACCUGUUCCUCAUGCUUGUUUCUACGAACCAACUGUGCCUAACCCCUUAAUCCCAGCGCAACUUUUACAUCCCAUAGCCGAACCUUGACGUGCCCAGAACUGGAUUUCGACAUGCAAUCGUCUCAGACCUUGACGUGUUAGUCGCUUCUCGAUGCGAUGGCUGGAUUCUACGAGUGCCAGAUCUCAUCGUGGAGCAGCUGGAGCGUGAGCACAUGGCCAGAUGCAGCAAAUGCUCCAGCUGGAUCUCGAAUGUUACCAAUUACAUGGCCAGAUCCGAACCAUAUUGUAGCCAGAUCUCAACAUUCUAUAUCUGAAUCUCGACAUGCCACAAUCAUAUCUGUCCAGAUUCUGACAUCCCCGUAAGCUGGAUCUUGGCAGGUGGUGACCAGAAAUUAAAGGACUAUUGCGGAACUCCAUGGUUAACGGGUUUUCUUCCAUGCAACUUUUGGCCGAGACUGCUCGCCCCAUACCUUCCCACCCAUCGCUCACACGUUGGUGAAGCUACAGUGUCUCGGCAUUUCCAGGCGCCACUGUCACCCACGGGCAUCUCGGUCGUGAAUGAGCAUAGCUAGCAUGCGGGGAGUGUGGGGCGGGGGGGACCCCUUUAGGUCUCCUCACCGGUGCACAGGACCGCCCUCCAAAUUGUGGCUUUUUCACAAACGGCUCAUUUUUAAGGGGGAAAAAUAUCUUCGCUUUUAAAGCACUGACUUUGGUGGGCAUUCGUCGCAAGCGUUGGAGGCCGAGAACGUUAUUUUUAUUUGAGAAAACCACAAUGGUCACCUUUUUUAAAAGUACUGUUGAUGACGAUGAUAGUAAUGUAUGAAAUUAUGUUUUAUACAUUUGUUGAACUAUAGAUAAGAGAUGUAGAAUUUGUAUGCAAGGGUUCCGUUGAACCUAAUUAUCAAAUGCUAUGCGUAUUUAAGACUCGGAGGAUGCCUCAGGCUGUGGUGCUUGCCAUGGGCUCUCCUGAGAGAGUCCUUGUGCUGUUCUGUACUUGUUAGGCAUGUAACGAUCUACAGCUCCACCAUCAAUUCGCCAAUUUGUCACGAUUCAAGGGACGCCAUUUGGAUUCGAGAGUGGUGCACCGUCUCAUUUUCACCUCCAUGGUGUUUUGUUCCGUCUCAUUUGUUUCGGUACCGUUGCGUGUUACAGGAUAUAAUUUGCGUUGUAAAUAAUCGCCGCGGCGACAAUUCGUUGCGCGUCGCGAGUCCGAUAGCCGAUUUAAAUCUAUGAGUCGUUACAUGCCUAAUAGCUAUACUAACAUCAAUGCGCUUUGUGUCAUUUUUCUUUCUGCCCAUUCAAAAAAUAUAUAGUGAUUUAAUUAAAAUAUUGAAUAUAUGAAAUACCUAUGUGCCCUACUGUAAAAAUGAUGUGUGAUAAAACUAAUGUCUAUAUUGUGUGUGUAUAUAUGUGUGUAUACGGUGUACAUGUGUGUGUGCGCCUGUGUUUGCUUUGAACGCAGGCUACAUGUAUUGCGCACAACUAUAUACACGCACACUGUGUGCGUGUACUUUAUGCGUACACAAUGUGCGUGUAUAAUGUAGAUAUAUAUACGGUGCUUUACAUAUGCACACACAAGCAUAGAUUGGCACUUUUUUCAGUUGAUAUUUGAUAAAAACUGGUUUACAAUGGAGAAAAAAAACCUCUUGCAAUAACGAUCACCCAUUAGUCACACGUGUUGACUUAAGCAUUAAGAGCUGCUUAAAACGAGCCCGUUUCAAAUUUACCGGUGGUGUGCGUGUGUACAGUGUAUGCAAAGGGCGGUCAUCAACGUUUUGGCAAAUGAGAUGUGCAGAACACGUUUCUCAUGUCGGGCUUAUUUUAGAGCCUCGUCUUUAAUCGUCGUCCUUCCCUUGAAGAACGUCACGUACCUCAAUAGGCUGUCGCCUCUUUAGAUGCCUUUCCGUUGAACCACGAUAGUUGUCGAUAGCUAGCGGUGGGGGAGGGUGGGGCUAGUCAGUAGGAAAAAAGUUAAGUGAAAGUUGUUGAUCUUGGACAUACACUUAGAGUGCUGACCCCCUCGUUCCCAAAACUUGAGUGAGCGCCCUCCGGCAGACAGGUGCACGUUCCGUGUAUAUAUCCGUGUGCGUGUGUACACCUCGUAGGGCGUGAUUAUCUGCGAUAUUUACCCGCUUUAAAAAAAAAGAUGCACUUGUGUUAACUGAAGCGCUUUUUUUGUAACCGAGGAAGCGACGAAAAUCAUACACUGCCUUCAGGCAGAGAGAGCUUGUUUGGUAUUUUCCCCCCUCUUUGAGACAUCAUCAUCGUCAUUGCCUUUGUGGGACGAGACACUUGUGGGCAGUGACGUGUUCAUGUCGGGGAUUGUUUGGGUUCCGUCCUCACUCGAGCAUCCGCGUGUCAUCCCGCUGAGCGUUAUUGAACUGUCGUGCAUUGUGCAUAACCCUUGCUCAGCUGACGUGACACGGUAGUGACGAGGACACGUGCGUGCGCGAGUUUUUUUAUAUUUUUCUUUUCCCUGCGUUAUCAAGCACCCCCUGUCGCAAAUGUACAGGAUAUUUUGCCACUUGUUUCUUGAUCUGGAGAUUAAUGUUAAAAAUGUUGAAGGUGAUUUUGUUUCUCUCCAGUCGUUACUUGUAACCCAGCCUUUAAUUGAAGAGCAUUCCUGAAUGUUUGAAGAAAAAAACCUAUAAACUAAAGGACAAAAAAAAAUAAGCAAAAGGUUGAGAUUUAGUAACAAGAGAACCCAUAACCAGCUAGAAUCAUGUCCGACAAUAUACUGGCCGAUUCUGUGACUGGCUGCGCCUGGGGGGUUCGGUUCGGUGUCGUCGGGGGUGUGGAGCGUGGUUCGUCAUUGAGGCUGUGCGAGUCGUGGCGGAGGAAGAGGGGUGUGGGGCUGGAGUCGGGGUGGGUUUGGCAGUGCGCGGGUUGGGCGCUCGGAGCGGAGGGCUCGGGUAUUGGGGUUGGGAAUAGUGUACAGAUAUUAUCCCGUUCUUUUCGCAGUCGUCGUGGUCGUUUUUAUUUCGUUCGUGUUGCGUGCUACCCGGAGCGGAUAACGGUGCACACCGCCGCCGCCCCCCCUCGCCCGGGGAUGUGGUGGCGGUGCUUCAUUAUUCUCAACGCCUUGUGGUUAUUCCCCCCCCCCCCCCCCACCAAUGUUUUGUCACGGUGCGUAGGAGUGACGGGGUGGAGGUAUGCGCAGCGCAUCGGAGGCGAUCGUCGUCUCCACGUAUUUCAGAAUCGAUUCCCUGACUCGUUUUGCCACUGUGGAUGUCGUUCACUUUGGAGAUGCGUGUUUAGAUUUCAGAUCCUAAAACAGAUAUUGGUGUUCAGGAAAGUUGGGAAUUCUCCUAUUUCAUUGGCAGGAGGGCUUCCUCUUGAUUUCUGACCAGCAGCAUUUACUCUUGGCCGGUAAUUUUUUAAAUCUCACUUGCAGUAAAAAUGUAUUAGUUGGAGUUCAGAGUCGCUGUUUCAUAACGCAAGUAAUAUGAGCGGAGGUAAACAAAGACAUCACAGAUUAUUUGUUUAAUGUAGAGGCGAAAAAUCUAAAGUUGAACGCUGCAUAGAUUACACACUGCCCUGCCUCAUUCACAAAAUGGGUGUCAUGUCUCUGCGCAAGAACGUGCUCCGGAGAGUAAAAAUAGGGAUUUCCACUUGAACAACUACCGAUUGCUUCAGUUUGAUGUGAGAGUUUCCAUCUUUUGAGUGAAUGCCUUGUUCCCUGAUAAACAAAAGUGACUGUGAAUUUGUCAUUUUACUGUAAUAAGUUUGUAUGCUAAUGCGAAUCUGAAAUUUUGUUUAUCAUUUAGGCUGAGCUGAGCCAGUGUUGGAAAUUCCACAUUCCUAAAGCAAAGGGUGGUUGGUACAUCGGAAAGCCUCUGUUCACUUCACUUCUCAGUGUAAUGUGUCCUAGUCUCGGAGGAAUGAUGGAAUAAGUAAAUUCAUAACUAUGGUUUGAGCUAUGAGCUUUAUUACUCGUAUCAACUCUUUAUUUAUCAGCAUAAGAUUAUUUAGUCUCUCUGUGCUGCUAUAACUUUUACAGUUCAUUGUAUAAUCUCAGAGGCGUUGACCUAGGCACUCAUUAGAUUAAUUAUUGGUGUUCACCAUCAGAUGUGUGUAGGCUGUCCCAUGCAUUUCCGUUCCAAUGGCAAAUUAAUUCCAGAGAAUCAAUUUACAAGAGACGUGAAGACGACGAUCAACGUUUCCCAUCGACAACUCGUGUACGCUCCAUCACCCUUGCUGCAUCGUGGCUCCGCUGCUAGAUUUGGUUCAUCUCCCAACUGUGGCCGCGGGUGUGUGGGCGAUCGCGCUGCUGUGUCACCGGCGCUGCCCUGGGGUCUGUUGGCGGGCCACGGACCCCAGGAUUGUCUAGAAAGUGCCCUGCGAUCGCCACUCACAACCGACCACGUUUAAACCAUCACGGCGCUGUCUCGCCCUCAGUCACAUGUUAUCCGUACAACCGUUUAAAACUAAAUGUUUUGUACGUAUUUUUUUCGAAGGAUUUUUUUCCCCCAACACUUUUGUUUUUUCAAUAUUUUGUUAUUGUUAUUCCCAGUUGUUUCUGUAGGUUCUCCAGGCACAAGCUUGUUGUGCUCUGGGAGGGCCUGCAGUCUUGGUGUAACUCCACACUGCGCUGGGAAUCGACCCAGAAGCGGCAUUACUACAGGCCUCCUUAGCCUGGCACUCUCACAAGGUCUCUCUUGCCACAGUAUGUAGUCUGUACUACAUCAGUGCAGUUAUGCGAGCAGUUCACUUUAUGCCAGCAAUGUUAUUUAGUUGGGCAUGACCGAGUCGAUGACAAAAACCAAAUGGUUUUCCUCUUGUGCAGUCAUCGGUGAUCGGGUUGAAACCAUCAAACUUACUGCACUUGAGAAUUUGGUUUAAUCUCAGGUGAGAGCCAGGGAUUUGAACCCAGGUUCUCAGCGGUGCUGGCUCAAUGCUCCCCCACACAGCUUUAGCAUCAGACCUUUUGAGCCAUCCGGCCAUCUCAACUUGCAAUUAAUAUUUUAAAAAGUGACAUUGUUUUUACAUUUUAUUUGUUUAGGACAAUGUUUAUGUUACAAAUUUGUGUUCAAUUUUUUUGUUGGUUUUGUAAAUGGUGUGACGCACAGGUUCAAUAGGCAGCAGUGUGUUUGGCCGAACGAGCUAGACGAAAACGAAGUAAAACAAAUAAAGCACGAUACGGGGAAAUAAACUAUUGGUGCAAUAAAAUCACCAGCAAGUGGCAAAGCAAAAAAAUUGUCUUUUUGUCGCGGAAAACAAGUCAGUGUAGUAACAUAUUUUAACUAAGAGAGAAAAAAAAUAUGUAUUUUCUAUUUUAAAAGAAAAAUGCGUACAACCAUCGGCAAUUUUAUUCUGAGCUCUGUGGUCUGUCACUCAUCGCUGUUGUUUUGCUACGGUCGAUAUUUCCCGGGCUUCGGUGCAGCCUGGGUUUAAAUGGCAUCACCGCGCCCCACGUUUGUUUAUCAUGCACAGUAUUUUACAUUGGUGCUUGUCUCAUCAUAAUUGGGGCCGUUAGAAAUCCGCGGAAGCCCAAACCUGCAACAGACCCAACAUGCUUGUGUACCACUAGCUUUUGGAGCAACAAAUAAAGCAACCUUGCCAGUUUUAUUAUAGGCAAGUGUGUAGUCGUUUUGUUUUAAACGCUCAGUUUCCGCAUUUGCUGCGGCGAAUUUCAGCUGGGUUUUCGCUGUUGAGAAAACCCAAAAGGCUUCCAGGGAUGUUCUACCUGCCCAUUUCAUAUCCUGCCUAGUGUAGAAAAUCAAGCCAUUGCUAUUGUAUAUUGCAUCGAGCAAAGUGAUAACACGUCUCCCAGACUGUUAAGAGAAUUAAAAUACCAACGGAGAGUAAUACAGGGGGUAACAAAAAAGGAAAAUCUAACCUUUUUGUGAGUACGAACAGAUGUCACACAGCGCUCUGUGCGGCGUUCCCAUCUUGAUGGUCACCAGGGCACCAGAUCUGCGUACAUUCUCCGCGCGUAAUUUUAACGAGAUGCCUGCGUAUGAUAAAAGGAUGCUAACCGAUGUUAAUCGUGCGAAAACUUUGAAAUGGCCCAAGGAGUUGAAGGUUAGAUUUUUUUGUAAAAUUUUCUGUGGUGCAGUUUUUACUUCUGAAAAUGUUUUGCCUUUAAUGUACAUUUUGACCAGUUUUUUUUCCCUCCUAAUAAACAUUGUGUGUUCUCUACCGUUCCGUUUA